AUGAUUACAAAUGCUCCUGAAGGUUUAGAAAAUAUUUGUGUAGUGUGCUUUAAAAAUGUGGAAAUUUUUUCAAUAGGUUGCUGUGACCAUAUGGUUUGCUACGAAUGUUCUACUCGAAUGAGAGUAUUAUGUUGUCAAAAUGAAUGUCCUAUUUGCAGGCAAGAUUUACCAAGGGUUGUAUUUACAAGCAAUGUAAAACCAUUUAAUGAAAUUCAAAAUUGCUCAACAUUAGAAGAUAAAAAAUUUAAAAUUUGUUUUCAAAAUAAAAAAGUCCAAGAUGCAUUUUAUUCUCUUUUGGAACACAGUUGUAGUGUUUGUCCUAACAAUCCAUCUUUUAAGACAUUUAAAAAUUUAUAUGAUCACAUGAGAAAGCAACAUGAUCUUUAUUAUUGUGAUUUAUGUGUGGAACAUCUAAAAAUAUUUACAUCUGAAAGACAAUGUUACACUUCUAAAAAUUUAGAUUUGCAUAAAAAAAAAGGAGAUGCAGAUGAUAGAAGUCAUCGUGGUCAUCCAUUAUGUCAAUUUUGCGAUGUUCGUUACAUGGAUAAUGAUUGCUUAUAUAGGCACUUAAGAAGAGAUCAUUUAUAUUGUCAUUUUUGUGAUGCCGAUGGUUUCGAUUUAUACUACAGUUCGUAUGACUACUUGCUGGAUCAUUUUCGUACUGAACAUUAUUUAUGCGAAGAAGGUUCUUGCAUUGAUGAAAAAUUCACACCGGUAUUUCGUACUGAUAUUGAUUUAAAAGCUCAUAGAGCAUCUGCUCAUGGGCGAAUUUUAGGAAAAGCUGCCGCUAAACAGGCAAGAACUUUAGAAUUGGAAUUUACUCUGAAACCUAGAAAUAGACAUCAAGAAUCGUCCAAAAGAGAUAGAAGUGGCAUUAGCGAUAAUGGUCCUUUAGAAGUAGCUGUCGGAGGUGUUAUUGGAAGUCAAUCGCGUACUGCGUUGCCAAAUUUCGAUUCAAGCCAAUUCCCAUCUCUUCCAUCUGGCACAAGUUCCGUAGUUACUUCUAUACCGCAAACUCGUGGUAGAAAUAGUAAUCUUACAAUUCAUGCUUUCGGUAGAAGAAAUGCUCCUUUAGCGCUUACAGAUGAAAAUUUUCCCGUAUUAGGAGUAGGAUGUGAAAGUAGCGGUCCAGGAACAUCAGUAAAGUUAAACAUUAAUCAGGAAAGGGGAAGUACGAGCAAAAGCGGAAGUGGUACUACUAGAAACGUUUCAAUUCACGUAAAUCACAAAUCAAGCGGAGAACAAAAAAUUAAAAUUAGACACGAUGAUAUUCCUUCUUCUAGCACGGAUAAAUCUCAACAAUCAAGCGGAACUUCUGCCAAAUGGGCAACAAUUAGCAAUAAAAAAUUAGAACCGACGCCAAAAUCUAAUCCUUCAUCAAAAGGACCUCCUAAAACUCAUAAAUUAAAUAGCACCGAAGAUUUUCCUAGUCUUAAUUCUAAAUUCAGUACUAAUCUUAAUUUAAGAGAUCUAGAUGCAUCUAAACCUGAUUUUGUAAAUAUAAAAACUUAUCGAAACAACAACAACAACAAAGUUCAAGAACCGAAAGAAAAAAAAUCAAGUACUCUGACCAUAUCCGUGGAUAACGUGAGGUCUGAAACAUCGGAAAUACCAAUUAUGUUUAAUUCGCUAAAAACGAAAUCUAAAAAAAAAAAAUCUAAAACGAAUAAUGUUGAAGAAAAGUCAGACACGGCUAAAAAAAAAAGUUCUAAAGAAAUUGAAAUAAAAACGGAUGUAAAUGAAAAAAAAAAAAAUUUACAAAAUAAUAAUAAUAGUGCCUUACCACUUGUAACAAGUUCCGAUGAGCCUGCACUUGGGAAACCGUUACCAAAAGUUGAAGAUUGGUUUGGAGAAUUUAAAAAUUGUGAUACGAGGAAAAAAAAUGUUGAAAAAAAAAAAUCAAAGGAAAUUGAUUUACUACCUAGUGAUGAUGAUAUCGUUGCGUCUUCAUCACCUUCAAACCUAAAUUUUUCCGUUUUAAAUAAUUUUGAUUAUGUCGGUCCAUCAAAAAGCAACGUUAAUUUAAAUGUGACCGUUGAAAAUUUAAAAUCGAACGCUCCACCGGGUUUUGAUAAUUUUAACGGAUGUUUUAACAACAACAACAACAACAACGAUAUAAUCAAAAAACCUCCUCCAGGAUUUACCGCAGAAUUUUCCACGUCAAACGGUUUAACAUUUACUAAUAGUUGCGGUCAAAGUUUUGCCAUACCAACGGAAUUCGAAUAUACUCCACCGAUUGAUUUCGAAAAGAGAAAUUCGAAAUUGAUUUCGAAAGUCAAUAAGAUAAUAUCGAACGAAGAAAUAUUAGAUAAUUUUCGUAAAAAAUCAAUAUUGUUCAGACAAAGUUUAUUAUCGGCGAAAGAAUAUUACGAGCAUUGCGUGAAAAUAUUGGGUGAUAAAAAUUUGCAAGAAAUUUUUCCGGAAUUAUUAGUUCUCCUUCCCGAUAUAAACAAACAACAGGAAUUGUACAUUGUUUUUUCACUUAGUCCGAAUUUUCCCAAAACUAAAAUAUUUGAUGCUUGCAUAAAUUGUCAUCAAAUAUUAAGUAUCCCUGAUGUCGAACAACACAUGUUUAAUCAUAGUAUAGAACAAAAUUUUCCUUUACACCAAACAAACACCAAACAGUGGACGAAAUGA